CUGAAGAUUACGUGGUGAAAUGAGUUAGCUAGAUAGCCCGACAAAAAGGCACACACAUAUGUAUCAUCCACAAGGAUAUUCCCGGAUUAACGUUUAACGUUAGAUAUUAAUUUAAUCAGUUUUGGCGGAGUUCAUGAAGGUUUCAAGGGUCAAAGCAGCAGACUGUGACACCAGAAUGAGCUCGUCCUAUCCUGUGUACGAAACUUGUUCGGCAUUACGAAGUCCCUAAAGCGUCUCAUGCUAUUGGAGACAAUCGGAGAGAACCAGUCAAGUGAUCACAUAUUGAACCUUAAAAACGCAAACGUACCCUAAACCCCUACAGUGAUGUUCGCAAAGUUGAAGAAGAAGCUGGCAGACGAGGGAGCCUCUGCCCCCCGAUCCGGUCGCAUUCCCCGUUCCAUGAGCAAAGAGUCCAUCACUUCUAUCGGGGCAGAUUCAGGGGAUGACUUUGCAUCUGAUGGCAGCAGCUCCAGAGAUGAUCCCUCAUCCCAGAUUCAGCGCAGAAAUGAUCAUAUACGAAAGCUGGAGGCCAAACUCUCAGACUACGCUGAGCAACUUCGGCUAAUGCAGAAGACCAAGGAGAAGCUUGAGAUUGCAUUAGAGAAGUAUCAGGAUUCAUCCAUGCGGAAACUUCAGGACCAGAAUGAAGUCUUCCAGUCUAACAGAGCCAAGAUGGCAGAAGGCAUGGCGUUAGCAUUAGAGAAGAAGGACCAGGAGUGGAUGGAUAAGAUUGCAUCAUUAGAGCAGGAGAAGGCAUCACUGGCUGCUCAGCUAGAAGAGAUGACUGAGCAGAGUUUAAGUCUCUUCCAGAAGAGAGAUGACCUGGAUGAACUGGAAGGCUUUCAGCAGCAGGAGCUAGCCAAAGUCAAACACAUGUUGUUAAGACGAGAGGAGCAGCUGAGUCAGCGGGAGAAAGAGCUCAAACUGAGAGGAGAGGAGCUGAACACAGCGAGACUGACCCUGAGUCACACCCAAGACAAACUGUAUGAGCUGGGAGAAGAACACGAGGAGAUGUGUCAGCUCAACUCACAGCUACAGGCCCAGAGGGAUGAGCUGUUGAGUGAGAGAGCAGAGGCACAGAGAAGAGUACUGGAGCUGGAGAGGAGAGAACAAGAGUUACAGCAGCUGAUCCAGCAGGUGUCAGAGGAUUUCCAGAAGGCAAAAAGUCACACAAAAGCACUACAGAAGUCAAUGGAGCAUCUCCAGUCUGAACACAAUACACUGAAACUACAGCAUGAACAACACAAGAAAAAGACUGCAGUGACAGAGGAGGAGCGAGAGCGUCUGUUGGCUGAUCUGCAAGAGAAAGCUGCCUCCUUAGAAAGGAAACUAGAGGGGAACCUCUCUGAAGAUGAACAUCUACAUGAACUGCUAAAGGAGAAAUCUUCAUUAGAGCAGAGGUUAGAAGAGGCCAGGGGAGAGCUGCGAGAGGAGAGAACCAAUCACACCACAGCAGUCAGCUCACAAGAGGCCCAGAUCUCUCGGCUGAACGCUAAUAUCACAGAUCUCCAGACACUGCUGAAGCACAAAGACGACUCAUCCAAGGCUUACAGGGAGAGGACAGAUGCACAGAUAUCUGAUCUGGAGCAGAGGCUUACUGAUUGCUUUGAGAUGAUGAAGAGUUUGGAACAGCAGCUUGCAGAAAGUGAAACGCAUGCAGAAAAACUGCAGGUGGAAUGGGCAGAGGAGAGAGAGAGGCUACAACAGCAGGUCUCGACACAGAGACAGAGAGGCCUGGAGAAAACAGCCAAACUAGAGGAAGAACUUCUUUCACAACAGAAGGAGAGAGAAACCGAGGUCAACCAACAUCAGGACAGCAUGCGGUUACUGGAAGAAGAAAAGGCUUCACUGUUGAAAAGCAAAGCUGAAAAUGAGAGCACUGUAGGAAGACUAACUGCAGAACUGGAGCAGUCCAGAGCGGAGUUAAGUAGCAGACAGACUGUAAGUGUUGAGAUUGCCAAAGCUCUGGAGGAAACACGAAAACAGAGGGAGGAGCUUCAACAAAAGGUCAGCAAAAUGGCAGAGUCUCUUGAGAGGGCGGAACAAGAAGUGAAUCGACUCUCUAAAGUGUUAGGGAUGAAGGAGGAGGAGCUAAACAGUCUGAAGGAAGAUCUGCAGGUGGCCCGUAGCAGUCUGUCCUCUCUGCAGGCUGAGUGUGAAUCUCGUCAUUUGGAAGCAGAGGAGAGAGAGAGAGAGCACAACUCUCAGCUGACGUCACUUCAGCAGGAAGUCCUCACUAAAACACAACAGCUCACCUCUUACCAAUCACGGGUGUCUGAUCUUGAGGGUGAGGUGAUUAGUUUAACAGCACAGUCGCUUGCAGACAAAUGUGAGAGUGAACACAACGGGGCGGUUACAGUAAGUGAUCUGGACCAGCUGCAGAAAGUCAACAAAGACCUGGAGCAACAAUUGGCUGAAAAGAACAAGACAAUAAAACAGCUACAGCAGAGGCUUGCAGAACUGAAGAGGACAUUACAGAAAGAGCUGAAACUGAAACCAGAUCCUGACUCUGAAAAGGAGAGACUCCAGGAAGGGAGGCUGGAAAGAUCGGCUGAUAAGCCAGCCUCAGAGACGCCCACCCCAGCCACCGGUCCAGCUCCAGCCCCAGGACUCACUCAAACCUCAGGCCUGCCUCCCAUCACGUCAAACACCACCGUCAUCAAUAGUUCAGACCUCACAGACACACGAGAGAUCAACUUUGAGUACCUCAAACAUGUGGUGCUGAAGUUCAUGUCAUCCAGAGAGGCAGAGGCCUACCAGCUCAUCAGAGCCAUAUCUGUACUCCUGCAUUUCACACAUGAGGAAGAGGACAUGCUCAAACAGACACUGGAGUACAAGAUGUCAUGGUUUGGUUCCAAGCCCACACCCAAAGGUAUCAUACGGCCUUUCAUCUCAGGAACCUCCACAAGCUGGAGCUGAGAGACAGAAACAGGAAGAGAAAGAGGAAAAAGUGGGAAGAGAACAAUAGUUGAAAUGAGCAGUUUCAUUUUGUCUCAACAGUUCCUGUGUAGCUCAUCAUACCCUCUAAAUAAUGGGAGACGAUGACAACAACAACUAAAAAGCUCUCCAGUUUUCACUUUUAAAAUAUUGCAGGGAUUGGAAACUAAAUACUUUAUGGAUGGACAUUUUCUUUGUGAAUAGAGACUUUACUCAUAAGUAAUAGUGAAAUGAUGUUUCGCAUCAUCUGUCUUGAAUAUAUGUACGGUGGUGCAUCUGCUCUGACGACGAGCAUCAGACAUGAGAACAUUAAUGUGCAGAUGGUUAAAUCUGCUUUCAGUAUCUACCACAGCUAUUUCCAGCAUCCUUCAACUGGAUAACACCUUGCAACACAGAAAUCGAUUAUUUUUCAUUCACUUUUUGGAAUACAUAACUAAGAACUGACUGUGUGAAGUCAUGGUUGGAUAAAUUAUUUACACUACUCCAUUUCAGUGGUACAGAAUAUUAGUUUUGCCCAGUGCUGGACGUCAGCGAAAAUCACGAGUGGGAUAACGUCCUAUACUGUCAUGACUUUUUAAUCUGCCUUGUGUAUGUGGAAAAUACAAUUAUGUACAUUCCAUACAAGUAUUUAUAUAUGAUUACCUGUAUAUAAUUGAUGAAAAGAUUUAUAAAUCAGUGGAUAUGCAAGUUCUUUUUUUUCUGUUUAUCAUAUACAUGCAUUGGUCCUCAGAACUGUUUGUGAAUUUGUGUGUGAAUGAGAGAGAUGUUUCACUGUGGGCUUGAAACUGUAACAUAAAGGCAAAUAUGCAUAGACUGGAAAAAAAAACAUAGAUGCCUUUAUGCUUUGAUUGUACAUUGGAUUUUGAGUGUAUACUAAAGCAUUUGAGUACACUUGAAUCCUUAACAUUCAAGGAUAAAAUACUAUGGACUGCUAUUAUAUUUCCCUGAGAAACAUGUCGUUAGAAAUAUCUUUGCUUUUUAUCUGUGAAGACUGAAUGUAGUUAUUGGUCAAAAACAGUUUUUUUGCUGACAGAACAAUCGAAUUUGUGUGUUUUAACACUUUUUAAGACCACAUCAGCACUAAGAUUAAACACUUUGAAUGAUGCAACACAGCGUCUUAUAAUGAAAACAGCCUUGAAUAUCUGUGCAAAUGUUGGAUAUUUCUUUUGUUAUUUUUUAUUUUUUUUAAAGAUGGAUCCCAAAGAAUUUAACUGUUGUACUGUUGUGUGU